AAGUUAAGAAGGAAGACUUGAACAUGGCAGCUUUGACUCUUCUUAAUCACUUGUGCCUUCAAGCGUCGUCACGACAUCUGUCACUUCCUCACCAAACGCGCUCGGGUUAUCCACGAAAUCCCGUUAAAAAUCUCAACUUUCGUCAAAGCCUUGCCGAAUCAUCGAGCUUUCAGUUGUCCACGGUUGCUGUAAAAUCUCUUAGUCCAGUCGCGGUGGAGGGUUCGCCGGAGAAGAAGAAGAUGGUGAAAGGUAUCAGAGUUUACGAGCACGGAGGUCCUGAGGUUCUGAAAUGGGAAGAUGUGGAAGUAGGGGAGCCAAAGGAAGGUGAGAUACGCGUGAAGAACAAGGCCAUUGGGCUUAACUUCAUUGAUGUUUACUACAGGAAAGGCGUUUACAAGCCAGACUCUAUGCCCUUCACACCAGGUAUGGAGGCUGUUGGAGAAGUGGUAGCUGUGGGUUCAGGAUUGACUGGCAGAAAGAUCGGUGAUCUCGUUGCUUAUGCUGGAAGUCCAAUGGGUGCAUAUGCUGAAGAACAAGUACUUCCUGCUGAUAAAGUGGUUCCUGUUCCUUCAUCUGUUGAUCCUAUCGUUGCAGCAUCAAUCAUGCUCAAGGGUAUGACUGCACAGUUUCUCCUUCGCCGUUGUUUCAAGGUCGAACGUGGACACACGAUCCUUGUCCACGCUGCAGCAGGUGGAGUUGGAUCUCUGCUGUGUCAAUGGGCUAAUGCGCUCGGAGCCGCUGUUAUUGGAACCGUCUCCACCAACGAGAAAGCAGCUCAAGCCAAAGAAGACGGGUGCCACCAUGUUAUCAUGUACAAGAACGAGGACUUUGUCUCACGGGUCAAGGACAUUACAUCAGGCAAAGGAGUCGAUGUUGUUUACGACUCUGUGGGGAAAGACACCUUCAAGGGAUCUUUAGCGUGUUUAAAGAGCAGAGGAUACAUGGUGAGCUUCGGACAGUCCUCGGGAACUCCGGACCCGGUUCCGUUGUCCGAUCUUGCUCCCAAGUCGCUCUUCUUGACGAGACCUUCCAUGAUGCAAUACAACGAGACUCGAGAAGAGCUGUUGGAGUGUGCGGGUGAGGUUUUCGCCAAUGUUGCUUCAGGGGUUAUAAAGGCUCGUGUGAACCACAAGUACCCGUUGUCCCGGGUCGCUGAUGCUCACGCAGACCUUGAGAAUAGGAUAACAUCUGGCUCCGUUGUACUCUUGCCGUGAAAACGUGUAAUGUUGUUUCUUUUUUUAGUCUUCCAAUAAGAGCAAUAAGAUUCCUUUGUAGUAGGUGUGGAAAGAUACCAAAUCUGUGUACUAUUUAUCUUCCAGUAAGAGCAGUACGGUUUUUAUUA